GAACCAUCAAGUACUUGGAAUGGUAAUUUACCUAAAGCUGCCACAACCAUUUUACAUCAACAUGCCAUCCAGGGGGAUGUCACAGACGUUCAACAGGCAGUCUGCAGAUGGAUGGCCUACAGCAGGAAGCACAUGGAGUAUACCUUUAGUUAUGAGCUUCUUCUUAGACUGUUAGAAGACUUGGACAAUAAAUGGACUGCAGAUUCCUUGUCACGAGAAGAGGAGCAGUGUUUGAACGAGUCCUUUUCGACCUUCAAAGACUACUGCACAAGCUUGAUCAAAAAACGAAGAGAGGUUUACCCUUAUUGCAACAAACAUGCUUUGAAUCGACUUCACCAAAUGAUCAAAGUUUUGGUGAAAAUCUACAGCAUGAAAGUCUUCAAAUAUGUGUGUCCCUUUGCCAAGGAAUUGCACUCAGAAAUUAUCACAGCUGCAAAGAGAGGAACACUUGAAUGGUAUGAACGAGCAAUUCAUAUGGCUAAAAAGCAAUCCAAGCGACACACGGCAGACCAGGAGGAGGACAUUAUAUACAGCUUGAUUGAUCUGACCAAUUGUCUCAAUGCUGAUCUAUACGGGACUAUCAACGAAUACCAGAAAAUAUUUAACUUAAUUGCCAACGUCAACUAUUUCAGUGUUACUUAUAAGCAACUAGAAAAAUUGCAUUCCAGUCAUGUCGUCAAGAAUCUCGCGGAAGAGCUUGGUGAAGAGUUCACUAACUGCAUGAAGAAGACAACAUUCAGUAAAGGAAACAAAGUAUUGGAGGGAAUGCUGGGAACGACCUACUUUGAGCUAUACCUCGCUCUACAAGAGUUCUGUAACUAUGGAUGGGAGCACCUUCCUGAAAAUCAUGACCCUUUAGAAAUAGAACACUACUACAAAUGGUUCCAUUUUGCUGUAACUCAGUGGAUUUCUGUGGCACAGGAGAAGGCUAUCCAUCGAAUACACAAAGCCAUUGAGCUUGAUAAGCAUCUAUCAUCCAAGACAGCUGAUGUAGGAGGAGGAGGAGCCAAGUUCAGCACCUCGGCUGUUGAUGUGUGCUGUUGUUUCUCUCAGAUUUCAGAGUUCUGGAGACAGCUUGCCUGGCCUGAUCUUGUCGAUGCAUAUUCCAUGGUCUCAAAAUUAACAAAGGAUAUGUGUGAAUGUGCAAAGAUAUAUGCCGACUCGGUCCACCAGAAACUCAUUGACAAAGGCUAUUAUGAUGAGGAAGGACAAUUUGAUGUCACAGAACAGCUGUGUAUUACUAUAAAUAACAUUGAACAAGUUCGGAGGGCCUUAAAACAACUUCCAGAAACAAUGAAUUUUGUGGAAAUACAGCAUGCAGUGGAGCAGAGUCAUGAGACGGAAUCAAAAGAGAAUCUGCACACCACAGUGAGGGAGGCUGACCAGAUCAUGUUGGAGAAGAUCCAGCAAGUGGUGGAUCGUGUGGCUGAUAAGAUGCGUCCAGACAUUAAGAGUGAUGUAUUCCAUUUGAACUGGGCCCCAGAAUCUGUUCCAGCUGAGGAGGCUGUUGAGGAUCUGAUGAAGUACCUGGACAGUAACCUUUUGACCUUGAACCAGUACCUACUUAAGUCCAACUUUGACCGGAUCCUUCAGUCCAUCUGGGUGGAAGUCCUCGAGGAAUUCAACGACGUUCUAGUCACGGAAGAAUCGAGGAUGCCUGUCAUAUACAAAAGAAUGUAUGAAGCCUUAGGACUGUUGGUAGAUUUCUUUCAUGCUGAUGAGAAAGGAUUAGAAAUGAAGAAAAUAACAACAGAAGAGUAUAUUAAAUUGAAAAAAUUGCUGUCCCUAUAUAAGAAAGACACUUUGAAGUUAAUUACAAUUUUCUACGAAGAGAAACUCAAACAACAGGCUGAGUUUAAAUCUAAAGAAUUUGGAGUAUUAAAUGUUAGAAUGUGCUACAGAAAUGAAACAGGCACCAUGUUCGUUGAAAUAUUAAAUGCAAAGGAUGUCAUUCCAUUGGAUGCAAAUGGUAAGUUUUUGUAACCAAUGGGAUAUGUUAAACUUU